CCUAAUACGCUAACUAGAGUUGCACGUGACCCACGUGACUUGAGAAUACAGAGCGAGCGCCGCAACGCUCAACUCACACUAUCUCCGCUGAAAUACAAAAUCUUUAAUCUCAACCGUCCAAUACAUUUCCACGUCAUCAAUCCGCGUGAAUCCAAAUUUCAACGGUUCAGAUUUGUGUUUCGGAGCAACUGGGUUAGCGAAGGGAAGAACCGUUUUCUCUAUUCCCCCGUUCACGAUUUUCUCAACAACGAAUUUCGAAAUCUUCAGAAUUUUUUUUUCUCUAGUUUUUGAAUUUGGAAGAUGAAGAUAACAGAGGUAUUGAUGGAGAAGGUUGAGGAAAACGAGGUUAUCGUUUUGAGUGAUAAUGAGGAAGAGUAUGAAUCUGUUGAAAAAGUUGUAGAUGAUGGAGAAGACAGUGAAGAAGAAGAAGAUGAUGAUGAUGGCGAUGACGAUGAAGAAGACAAUGAUGAUGAGGAUGAGGAGGACGAUGACGCUACUGGCGCUGGUGAUGAAGACGACGAAGAUGAUGAAGGUGGAGCAGGUGAAGGUGCACGUGGUGGUGAUCCGGAUGACGACGAUGAUGAUAAUGACGAUGAUGAAGAUGAUGAUGACGACGACGAUGAGGAUGAUGAGGAUGAGGAUCCCGAGGAAGAGGAGGAUUUGGGAACAGAGUACCUUGUCCGUCCUCUAGGUGCUGCUGAGGAGGAGGAGGCGUCAAGUGAUUUUGAACCCGUGGAAAAUGGUGUUGAUGAAGAUGAAGUAGAAGAAGACGAUGUUGAGGAAGCUGAAGGUGAUGAUGAUGACGAUGGUGAGAAGAAGGCUGCUGUGGUUCCACCGAAAAGAAAGAGGUCAGGCAAAGACGAUUCAGAUGAUGAUGAUGGAGGAGAAGAUGACGUCCGACCCUCUAAACGAUAGAGUUGGAUUCUUUGUUGGAGAACUAGUCAACUAUCAAUUAUAGGUCAACAUAUCUCCCUGUUCUUAACACUUAUGGAAGUGCUUGUUGCUAUUUGUAUUGUUAUGUAGGUUUAUUAUUACUAUAUUUAUCAGGUAAGUGCAUAGUCAAUAGUGGGGAUGAAACUUGUAGCACAGAUUUUACAGACUUGAUUUUUAAUCUUCUACCCACUUCUUAGGUCAGUAGAUCUUGUUCAUUACUUUUUCUUGUACUCUUAAAUUGUUGGUAGAUCUCUUUUGUUUCAUUCAAGUUUUUAGUUUUGUGUAAAGCUCCUUUUACAUAUAUGUCUAUGUGUUUUGCUACAA